GAAACACUCUUUCUGUGGUAAAUCGACCUACUUUUUCUUUAAGGUUAUAACCGUCGAUUACAAAAUAAUAAUAUAUUAAUAAUAAUUCAAACUUUUUUACAGAAAAAGAUGCAAAUAAAUAAGGGAUUAAUUAUUCCAUUGAAUACUGGUUUCUUGUCACUGGAUUCCCAGCUCCCAAGACUCCAUUAGAGAGAGUGAGAGAUAAAAUUACUGUAUCAUAAAAAAGAAAAUGAACAGUCUCUGUGAAUCGUCAUCACUGAGUUACAUUUCCACGUGCGAUAGGAGCUAUAGAAACAAGAGUCUGUUAGUAUCACCAGUAACAACAAGAGUCAGAAUCUCAGACGUAAGAAAGACUAGUAGAAGAAGAGGAGCUGGUUUGAUAUUAAUAAGAGCAUCAGCAACAGUGAGUAGUGAAGAGAAGAAGAGAAUGGAUAAUAAUGGAAAAGAAAAAGGUUGGUUACAGAAAGGAAUAGCAGAAUUUUACGAUGAAUCUUCUGGUUUAUGGGAGAAUAUCUGGGGAGAUCAUAUGCAUCAUGGAUUUUAUGAUCCUAAUGUUACUGCUUCGAUUUCUGAUCAUCGAUCUGCUCAGAUUCGUAUGAUUGAAGAAACUCUCAAAUUUGCUGGUCUUUCAGAUGAUUCAUCGAACAAGCCCAAGAGUAUAGUAGAUGUUGGGUGUGGAAUUGGUGGUAGUUCAAGAUACUUAUCGAAAAAAUAUGGCGCUGAAUGCAAAGGCAUUACUUUGAGUCCUAUUCAAGCUGAAAGAGCACAAGCUCUUGCAAAUGCACAAGGUUUGGGAGAUAAAGUGUCUUUUCAAGUUGCAGAUGCACUCGAGCAACCAUUUCAAGAUGGACAGUUUGAUCUUGUUUGGUCCAUGGAGAGUGGAGAACACAUGCCUGACAAAGCUAAGUUUGUCAAUGAGUUGGUACGGGUUGCAUCUCCUGGAGCCACCAUAAUAAUAGUUACAUGGUGCCACAGAGAUCUUCUUCCCACCGAGAAAUCACUGAAGCCCCAAGAGAAACAGCUUUUGGAUAAGAUUUGUGAUGCUUAUUACCUUCCUGCUUGGUGUUCCACUGCUGAAUAUGUUGAAUUACUCAAAUCCCUCUCAAUGCAGGAUAUCAAGUCAGACGAUUGGUCAGAAUAUGUUGCGCCAUUUUGGCCAGCGGUGAUCCGUUCUGCCUUAACAUGGAAAGGACUAACUUCCCUGUUGCGAACUGGUUGGAAAACCAUAAAAGGCGCAUUUGCAAUGCCGUUGAUGAUCGAAGGAUUCCAGAAGGAUAUAAUUAAAUUUGCCGUUAUUACUUGCCGAAAACCAGAAUGAAGAAAGUAGAAGAAGUUAAAAAGUGCAAGAGACAGAACUCGCAAGGGAAAAGUUGUUUCCUAUGUCUACUCAUCAGAAGCAAACAUUAUUGAUUGAUCUUCCCGGCUCCCACUAGUAUUCCACAAUAAUUGUAUUGUUCUAGUAAAUGAAUAUCUUACGUCUGAAAAUGAAUGACAACUUUAGUCAAAAGACAUGAAACAUUUGAAACAAUUUGAAAAUCGAAAUUUGAGAAGUAGAAACAACUA